GAUGGAUGAUUCGGAAAUAACUGCCACCAACAACUUGAUCUCGGCGGUUGUAACACUAAUGUCACCACCACUUCCUACUCUUCCUGAAGACGUCAUUCCUGAAAUCCUUUGUAGACUACCGGUGAAACUCAUCCUUCAACUCCGAUGUGUCUGUAAAUCGUGGAAUUCUCUAAUAUCUGAUUCCAAAUUCAUCAAGAAGCACCUUCAUAUGUCAACCAGACGCCGCCUCCACUUCUUAAGAAUACUUAAUUGCCCAGAGAAUAAUUACAUUCUCGCAUCUUACCCACUGGAUUCCUUUUUCACCAACCUAACCACUGAAUUCACAGAAUUUGAGUAUCCUCCGAACAGUUUUAACAGAGAUUACAGCUUUCACCACUUCAGUGGCUCUUGCAACGGCAUCCUGUGUUUUGCAGAUCAUCACAAAGGCUUAGUUAUAUUGUGGAACCCUUCUAUUAGAAAAUUCAAGGAGUUGCCUCUUUUUACAAAGCCAAACGGGUCUAUUUAUUUGCACAUGACAUUUGGUUUCGGCUAUGAUUCUUCUACAGAUAUAUACAAGGUGGUUGUUGUUUUGGACUACGACUACUUUAAGCCCGGUAGUAUCACUAGUGUUAAAAAAGUUGAAGUAAAGGUUCAUACUUUAGGUACUGAUAUUUGGAGAAGCAUUCAGCAGUAUCCUUUUGAUGGUGUUCCUGAUCGGAGUCCAAGAUCAGGAAAAUUUGUGAGUGGCACAAUUAAUUGGCUGGUCUCUAAUGAAAGAUUUUUUGGAAAACCAAAUUUUAUUGUUUCUUUUGAUUUGGUGAAUGAGUCUUAUCAAAAGAUCUUACCUCAUAUCGGAGGGGAAGAUAUGUGUGACUUGUGGUCCAUUGCUGUUUUGAGGGAUUGCUUAUGUGUGACUUCUGGUGAUGAUGUUUGGAUUAUGAAGGAAUAUGGAAAUAAAGAGUCUUGGACUAAACUGUUCACAGUUCCUUACAUGCGAGAACCUACUAAAUAUCAUGUAGCUAUCAAGCCAAUAUAUAUUAAUGAGGAUGAUCAAGUGAUACUGGAGUUUAUCGGGGAUUAUGACAUGAAUUCGGCUCUUUACGAUUCCAAGAGUGGUACUUUGAAGCCUACUAUUUUUCAAUAUUACAUUCCAGAAGUCUGCGUUGAGAGUUUAAUAUCACCUUAUUCUUUAUGCUAG